AUGGCGGGAGCGAAGGUCUUGGCUUAUCAGGGUGUGCUGGAGGAAAGGGAGCUGAGAGCUGACAGGCUGAAAGAGCACCACGCGACACAGAAGCCAUAUCAAUGCGGGGACUGCGGGAAGGCAUUUAACUACCCGUCCCAGCUGGAGGUUCACCGCCGCUCUCACACCGGGGAGAGGCCAUUCCCCUGCACCGUGUGUAAGAAAGGAUUCGCCCAGUCCUCUGCCCUGCUGACCCACCAGCGGGUCCACACCGGCGAGAGGCCGUUCACCUGCACCAUCUGCGGCAAAGGCUUCACCCACUCUUCGCAUCUGGUCAGGCACCGGCGAAGUCACACCGGGGAGAGGCCGUUCCCCUGCUCCGUCUGUGGGAAGGGCUUCACCCAGUCAUCCCACCUGCUGAAGCACCAGCGGGUUCACACCGAGGAGAGGCCAUUCAGUUGUCCGGACUGUGGCAAAAGCUUCAAGAGUCCCGGGGAGGUGAGGAUCCACCGGCAGACUCACACAGGCGAGAGACCCUUCGGGUGCUCUCACUGUGGCAAGUGCUUCGGGCAGUCCAGUGACCUCCUGAAACACCAGACCGUCCACACCGGGGAGAGGCCCUUCACCUGCUCCGAGUGCAGGAAGGGCUUCACCCGCUCGUCCCACCUGCUGAAGCACCACUGCAGCCAGAGCGACGAGCGAUGCUUCACCUGCUCCGAGUGCGGGAGGAGCUUCAAGAGGUACGCCGAGAGGAUGAAGCAUCAGCUGACGCACACCGGGGAGAGGCCCUUCAGCUGUGCCGUGUGUGGGAGGGGAUACACGCAGGCCUUCCUCCUGCUCAGACACCAGCGAGUUCACAAGUGAUGGCGGAGGUUACAUUCGGCCAUUGCUGCCACGGUUAGUAAUGCCCGACACGGAGCCUCAACCUGGACGGGAGCCGGACUUUGUUCGUGGUGACAGUCGCUUUUGGUGAUGCCCGGAACGGAACCGCGUCCCGGACUGGAGCCGGAGUUUGUUCUCAGUGACAGUCGCUUGAGGUGGUUGGUGAUGCCCGGAACGGAGCCGCGUCCCGGACUGGAGCCGAGUGGUGUGGUCCAACCUUUGCUCUGAGCAGGGACCUGGUGAUUCCCCAUCAAUGAAAGUUUUACAUAGCCUGAAAACAGCACGACACUUUAAAUGUGUUUUUUUACAUGCAGAGUAUGAAUAUUUAGAAUGAAAAUUGAAAAAUCACUUACUUUUGAUUUUAUUUAAUUGAAGGGUAUAAUGAAAUACAGUAAACAAAGAAAAUCUUUCAUGUUUUAUAAACCUUUAAACUUAGAUGGUGCCAUCAUUCUGCAGGCUGGUGGGUUACUAACAAUGAGCUACUGACUUCCAUUCUGUGACUAUUGUUGCAAUUUGUACCAGUGUCAUAACUUGAAACACUGACAAUGUAAAUACAUUGAAACUCCGAAAUGUUUUGAAGUAAAGG